AUGCACCCUCAUUUGCAUACAAAAGAUAAUCGAGCGUGUGAGGAAGUCAUGAAUGCGCUGGAUGAAUGCCAUGCGAGAGGUUUCUUGUGGAAGUCAAUGGGCAUGUGCAAUGGAGCAAAGACUGCGGUCAACAAGUGCCUGCGAGCCCAAAGACUCGAACGAACCAAGGCCAAUCGAGAGGCAGCGAAGGCAAAGAACCAGGAGGUCAGGGCGAAGUGGGCUGAGAUUGAUGCAAAUUCAUAA